UCAGGCGUGUAAUUUGCACGGAACGAAGUUACUAGAGUCCGUCAUCUUCGGUCAGUCGAGUCAGCUAGUAAGCCAGCCUCUGUGUUAAUAGACGUUAUAUAACGAGUGUUUUUAAGCAAAAAUUGCAAGUCAAGUUGCCGUUCGUGCGUCGUCGAGUAUUUUGUAUAUGUUUGUGUUGCAACAAACAGUGGUUAUUCCCCAUUAUUUUUGUUUUCUUGUUGCAACAAUUGCAACUCGAUCGAUAUUAUUUACGUAUUGAAACUUGAUACCUACUAUUUUAUAAUAAAUUGUCUUAAAGACGCUGAUGGAAUUAUAAUUUUAAAGAGCCAUCGACACCUCUAAUUUUUGUUGUGCAUUGUGUUUACGGAUUAAAAGUAGUUAAAAAAUAACAUCCAUCAUUGUCUACAACGGUACCUUAUUUAUGAAGUUUGACAGAACUCGCACCAUUAAAGUGUAACUUGGGCUUUAUUUAUUUUGAAAGUUUUUUUCUUUUUAAAUCAUUUGGCACACACGUCCAUUUUGAUUGUGAAACAACAAAAUAAAAUUGAAUUUGAAAAAAAAGAAAGAAAUAAAAUGAAAAAGUCAAUUGUUGUUUUGUUGACAUUUUGGAUUGCCUCUGUUGCUGGUUAUGGAUUCGGAAGGUGUCCCAAAUACCCUUCGAUGCCUAAAUUCAAUAUGACACGGGCCCUAGGACAAUGGUUCGAAGUAGAAAGGUCAUUCUAUUUGCCAGAAAUUGCAUCAGGAUGUACAACUCUAACAUUUCAACCAGCAAUUUCCAAUCGAGAAGAUGAUCCAAGCCUCAACAGUGUCUAUAAAUUAGAAGUUGCCAUCAAAACUGUCAAUAGAUUAACUGGAAAUCCUUCUGUAAAUUUGGGUUAUGCUACUCCAGAAUCUCGCAAAUCAUCUAUAAUGGAUUUUAAGUUCAAUACUCGCUUCCCAGAUGUCAUAGCAAGACUUUUACCUGGAUCAGGAAAAUAUCAAGUUCUUUACACAGAUUAUGAAAACUUUGCAAUUCUAUGGUCCUGUUCGAGUUUAGGCUCGAUUGGCUAUUCAGAUCAAAUUUGGAUUUUCGGAAGGGAACGUGAUUUUCCAGCUGAAAUUCGAGUCAAGAUAUAUGAUGCAUUGAAAAAAUUAAGCUUAGAACCUGAUAGAUUAGUUUUAAGUAAAAAUAAAAAUUGUCCUGCUACACUUUGAAAAAUUAUUUAUAGAAUAGAUAUGUAUGAAUAAUCCCCAGGUACUGCUUUUAGAUAUAAAAAAAAAAAUGUAUCAAUCUCAGUUUUAAUUAUAAUAAUUAUAUUUCCAGAAUCUAUAUUAUUUAAGAUUUUAUAAGGACCUGUGAUAGUCAAUUGUUAUUAGAU